AUGGCCGAGGUUACGUCUCCUGUUGUAGACGAGAAACCAUGUUUCAAAGCGAAUCCACAAAUUUUCAAAUUAGGAUUAGCACGACAACAUAUUCUCGCUCAUGAUAUUGGACAAGGAUCCCAGUGUAGGAAUGAGCCAACGUGUCGAUGUGAAGGACUUGAUCUACACUUUUGGAGAAAAAUGUGUAAGAACUGUGGAUGUCGGAUGGAUGAACAUGAUGUGGUGCUACCGAAUGAAUAUGAUCAUGCCCAAAUUGUAAUCGGAAGAUUAUUUGGAGUCAAGGAACAUUUUGAGAAAGUGUUGACAAGACCAGGAAUGUAUAAACCAUCGGAUCAAAAUGAUACAAAAGAGAACAAUAUGAUGUCGAGUAGAUCACAACCAACUGCAGUCUAUAACUACAAAAUGUCGUCAAGUGAUUCAGAAUCUGAGAAGGAUGGACCAACUGUCAAAAAGGAUAAAGUUCAGUACGCAUGGGCCCCUCUCCCAGACAAAGAUCUAGUUUCCCGAUACAUGAAAUGCCUUCCAGAAGAAGAGAGACCACUAGUUGGAUCAAAAGGAGAGCAGAACAGAAAAUCUAGGUUGCAAUUCCAGUUGCCACUCUACGACUGCAACGUGGAGGAUGCUCGUUUUGUAGAAGAAAAAGACGUGAAAACUCUUCAAAAGUUCGUUGAAAACGUCCGAAACAAUGUGAUUGGAGUUGGAAGAGUUGUUGAAAUCGGAAAAGAUUCUGAUAAUUAUGAAGAUGAUUCGAACGACUUCGAAAAGUCAAUGAAUGCAGCUUUGAAAGGAUUGAAAGUCGGUGAAACAGAUUGCAAAGAUUGCAGUGAAAUUAUGAAAAACGGAGAGAUUGGAGUCGAAUGUCAUCAUCACACGAAAACGGAAACGUACCAUCCGAACUGUUUCCGUUGUGAGACAUGUCGACAGUUGCUGGUUGAUAAUAUUUAUUUCUUCUACAAGGAUAAAUACUAUUGUGGAAGACAUUAUGCAGAUCAGUUGUAUCCAAGAUGUGCUGGUUGUGAUGAGUUAAUUUUCGCCAACGAAUACACAUUCGCAGAGGAGAAAUCGUGGCAUUUCGAUCAUUUCGCAUGUUUCAAAUGUGACUUCAAGUUGGGCGGUUCUCGAUAUAUGACUCGAGAUGAGAAUCCAUUCUGUUUGGAAUGUUAUCUGAAAUUGUUUGCAAAGACAUGUGACACGUGCCAAUCUAAAAUAGGCCCAGAUGAGAAGCGUCUAAAUUAUAAUGAAAUUCAUUGGCACGCAGAAGAGAGAUGUUUCCAGUGUGUUCAAUGUCACAUGAAUCUAAUCGGAAAGAAGUUUAUCCUCAAAAAUCAUAAACUUCUAUGCUCCUCUCAGUGCAAAGCCAACUACAAUUCUGCUCAUCCGGAUGCUCAAUUAUAA